GACUAGUUGUGGAAGGUUGUAGAAAGUUACAGAGAACUCUUCUCUAGAAAUUACCAGACUCAUCCUCUUCCUCCUAUGUAAAUCCCUUGCUCCUCCUCCAUUCUUUAAUCGAAAACAAGAUCGAACUCAAUCCAAGCAUACAAAGUUCCGAUAUAAUCAAUCUUCUCAAUCUCCAUUCCUGAUUCUUCACUUGAAGAAAAACAACUAUCAGAAAUGGCGAUGAUUCUAAGAAUCUUCGGAGGCCAACGAAGCAACAUCUUCGACCCAUUCUCUCUUGACAUUUGGGACCCCUUAGAGGGCUUCCCCUUCUCCACUACUCUCGCCAACAUCCCUAUCUCCGCCCUCGAGACCUCCGCCUUUGCCAACAAUCGCAUUGAUUGGAAAGAGACUCCAGAGGCUCACAUCUUCAAAGCCAAUCUUCCAGGGCUAAAGAAGGAAGAAGUGAAGGUGGAAGUUGAAGAACGAAGAGUUUUGCAGAUCAGCGGAGAGAGGAGCAAAGAGCUUGAGGAGAAGAACGACAAAUGGCACCGCGUCGAGCGCAGUAGCGGCAAGUUCCUCCGCCGCUUCAGAUUGCUUGAAAAUGCGAAGGUCGAUCAGGUCAAAGCUACGAUGGAGAACGGUGUUCUAACUGUGACUGUGCCCAAAGAAAAAGUGAAAAAGCCUGAGGUUAAGUCUGUUAAGAUAUCUGGCUGAAUUAACGUCACCAUUUUUUCUGUAUUUUGUUGGGUUGAUUUAAUAUGAUUAAAAAAAUUCUGCCAGUAGGUUUUUUAGUUUUUAUAUGGUUCAUACUCGGUUGUUACUAUGUGUUUUCAAUGCUAUAGACAUGUCUCAAUUUUAUUAACAAAAGAGUUAUUUUUCUUUUAUUUGUA